AUGUCCGCCUCAGAGCGCACACCGCUGCUGUCUAGCCAAGCAGGCGGGUCCGGCGCGCCCUCGACGAGUCGCCUGCCCUCCACCACCUCGGCACCGACGACCCACCCUCGUCCAACGCUCUCUGCGCCCGUACCGAACUCUGCAGCCGGCCUGAUCCUCACAGAAGAUGACAUCGCGAUCGAAGGGAUGGUCCUCGCCCUCCUCGCCGAGCUCAGCGAGAGAGGCUACGUCGUUCCGCCUGGAUUGCCGACCCUCCCUCCGGACAUGCCGCACGAAGAGGCGGACGCGGAAAUCGCUUUCUUGCGGAGUGUAUUUGGAGUGCCGAGGCAUAGGCGCGUGCUGGACAAGUACUUGCCGGACCUGAGCAGGAACGCAGGAGGGAACGGUGCGGCGUCCGGAGGAGCGAACGGGUUCAGCACGAACGGGGCAGAGACGCCUGUUCUCCCGGGGUCCAUCAUGUCGACGAACAGGCCUGCCGUGACGCCGACAGGACGGCGAGGCGGACCUUUGGCGCACAGCUCGUCGAGCGCCUCUUCCCUCUCGAACGCCUCGACAAGCAGCAGCCACACUCUUCCUGCUCGCCCUUCACCUCUUUCGAGCCAAGUACUCGACACGACCGUCAUCACUUCCCCCUCAGCCCUCUUCCUCGCUGCGCUCCUCUCCCUCCUCAUUUCGCUCCAGGCGGAGUAUCGCGGCUCGGUGGAAGAGACGGACCCAGGCGUCGACGGCGAGUUGCGGAUGUUCAAGGCGCGGCGAGAACUGGGCGAGCGGAUGUACGCGGUCGUGGAGGGCCUGCUGGAUUCGUACCUCGUGACGGGAGAUGCGCGACAUCACCAUCAAGGGGAGGACGACGACGACGACGAGGAUGCGCUCGUCACGCUGCUCUUCCGCGAUUUUCCUCUACACUACGACUCAAUGGACCGAGCGACGUGCUCCCUCGACCUCCUCCUUACCCUUUCCUCCGCUCCCCUCGUCGAAGCCGAAGACCUCGUCUCCCACCCUGUCGUCCUCGCAAGUACCGAGUACGUCUGGCGAAACGGACUUCUGCCAGCGCCGAAGCGGGGCGUCCGCUCGUUAAGUUGGAAGGAGUCGUUUAUCCGGCUCGACCGCUUCUCUGUCCCUCGCAUUUUACACAAUCAGACCUACAUUCUCUCGACCGUUCACGCCUUCAUCACCGUCUACAUUCUGAUGUUCUCCGCCUACUCGCACUUUUAUGCCUUCAACCCACUGGCACCCGAUAUCAUACGCGUUCCCGAAGGAUCGGGCGCCCGCCCAACGAAGGGAUGGGGCCUCAUCCCGUGGCUCGUUUGGUGGCUUUGGGUCGCUGGAGUGUUUGGCUGGGCGGGAGAAGUUGGCCGAGCAUGGCUCAACCGAGGACCGCAAUCAUCCCUCCCCCUCUCGCCCUCGACGCUUCUCCCCCUUCUUCACCAUGCCCUCGUGUUCGUCUCUCUACUCUUCCGCAUCCUUGCCUUCUACAUUGCCACGCCCCGACACCGCCCGACCUUCAUGCUCGCCACCUCGCUUUCCCUCCUCGCCUGGUCCAUCCCAUUCCUCGCCGCUUCCCGCGUACUCCCACAGAACCUCCCUUCUUUCGGCACGCCUACGCACCAGGAGUGGAGCAAGAUCCGCGAUGGGCGGAAGAGGCGCGACGUUGGCUAUCGACCACCACCCAAGCGAGUUCCGGAGAGUCACCGUGCCUUGCGGAGUCUCGAGUCGCAUCUCGGCGGACUUGUGCAGUUCUCGACCUACUUUGCCGUCUUCGGAUUGCUCACUCUUUGGAGUUUGAGCGGCGACAUCGACUAUCCCUCGGUCUUGCUCAACCUCAUGCACUUCCCCCUCGUCCCCCUACAAAGCUGGGCGACUUUCCGCGACUCGGCUCAGGUCUCCGCCACCGCCACAAACGCUUCUCGUACGCCUCUUGAAGCUCGAACAACUCUCGCCUUCACCCUGGUCCUUGGCGCCGUCCUCGCCUAUUUCUCCGGCGGCCGCCCUUCCGUCUCCCCUAAACCCGCGCACGCGUCGGCUCACCUCUCCUCACCUCGCCGCGAGCUCGAUGACCUUGACGGCUGGGACCGCUACGGGCGCGAGGUCGCCUUCCGUUCGCGUCGCGAACGUCUCGCCGUCAACCGAUACUUCACUUACGUCCCGCUCGGAUCCGGCCGGGGUGGUCAACGGCGGCUUGAAAGUCUCGCCUCGGCCUUCUCGACUCCGCCCUUGCCGUCGCCCUUCAACCUUGCCAUUCCGCCUCUCCUGUUCGUUUGCGCAGUCCUCAAGCGCGUCGUGCGAUUCCGCAUCGAGCAGCGACGCAGAUGGGCGGCUGCCCGAGGGCGCUUUGUCGAGGAUGGGAACGCAAGAGGCGAGCACGAGACGUUGUUGAGUCCGGGUCAGGAGGCGGAGCGAGUCGCAAGGAGGCUGCAGGAAAUCGUCAGGCUCUGGGUGUGGCGGAUUGGCAUCAGCCCGCUAGGCGGAUGGGCGGUAGCAGCGAAGGGGAUCAGGCGACUCAGAGGGAAGGAGUAG